CACUCCUCUGACGAUCGACGAUCCAUCCACGCAUACACCCACUACCACCACCGUCACCGCCACUGCCACAAGCCACCUCCUUCAACCCGCAAGCCACUACCCUCCACACGCCCACCAUGCCGCCCGCACCCACCGCACAGGACGCGCCCCUCAACGUCAAGCUGCUCCUCAUCGGCAACUCGUCCGUCGGCAAAUCCUCCCUCCUCCUCCGCUUCUCCGACGAGCAGUGGCUGCCCGAGGACGAGGCCACCGCCACCAUCGGCGUCGACUUCCGCGUGCACAAGAUGGAUGUGGGGGGGAGGAAGGUCAAGUUGAGUAUUUGGGACACCGCCGGCCAGGAACGCUUCCGGACCAUCACCGCGAGCUACUACCGGGGCGCGCAGGGCGUCGUGUUGGUCUACGACGUGACGAACCGAGAGUCGUUCGAGGCGCUGCCGCGGUGGUACGCCGAACUCGAGACCUACGUCCCCGCCUCGGCCGCGAGGGUGCUCGUCGGGAACAAGGUGGAUAAGGCGGGCGGGCGGGAGGUCCCCACCCCCGAGGGCGCGGCCUUCGCGGCCAGGAUGGGCAGUCUUUUCGUCGAGGCGAGCGCGAAGACGGCGGAGGGCGUGCGGGAGGUGUUCGAGAAGCUCAUCGAGAAGAUUCUCGAGGACGGGGGAUUGGUGGGCGCGGGCGAGACGAGAACCGACCACGGCCGCGGCGGCGUGCCCGGCGGCGUGCAGGUCGUCCGGCUGGAUGAGGCGAGUGGGAAUGGCGCGAGGGAUGAGGGCGGGUGUGGGUGUUAGGGUGGGUGUGGGGUGUUAAGGAGGGAAGGGAGGUGGGAAGGGGGAAGGGGUGGAAGGGGGGAUGGUUUGAACGCUCUUUCUACGAUAUGACUUACGACUGUCUGGACUGUAUAAUAUCUGAUUUCUUCUCAUGCGCGUUCGUCUAUCAUCUGCUUCUCUGCGCGUUGGUCUAUCAUCUGUUUCUGUGUCCGUCCUUGGAUUCCUGUGUCGUGGAAUUGCCAGUGCGCGUCUCGCCGGU